AUGGCAAAAACACCAAAGGCAAACACACCAAAAGUAACAAGUACGUCCUCUGCAGUGCUAUCAGAUUUUCAAGAGGCUUUCAAGACUUCCAAGAGGGCAUAUUUUGCCCAAAUUGAAAAAUAUCCUAAACUGAAACUAAUUGAUACAUUCUGUUUCUUUUUAGUAUUAUUAGGGAUGAUCCAGUGUACAUUCAUUAUCUUGAUUCGUGAUAAUUUUCCCUUUAAUGCGUUCUUAUCUGGGUUCAUUAUUUGUGUGGGACAAUUCGUCUUGUUGAUGAGUUUACGGUUACAAUUGUGUGAUAGUUUUCCAGGCAUUUCGAAGAACAGAGCUUUUGCCGAGUUUAUAAUUGCUAGUUUGAUUUUACAUUUCGUUUGUUUACAUUUUAUAAAUUGA